AUGAACCUACACGACAUCCUGAGCCAAAUGUUAGCACUAAGUCCAAAAUGCUUGUCAGGGGCGCCGAAGAUUUUACUUGCAAUGCUCUCAUUGAUUUUUUUGAUAUUUAUUGCUGGAACUGGAAGGGCUGAAGCGCGAGCCGUAGUACGCCCAGCUUCAGGAAAACACUGGAAUUACGGAGAGCCAGUGAACAAUCCAUCCAGUACCCACCCAGAAGAACAGGUUACACUCCAUUCGAUAGAGGCAAUGUCCGCAAUCCGAAUCGGUUGCGCGAACUGCGAUUCUGCAAUGGAAACAGACCAGGUAGAGAGGAGAGUUAGGGAAUACUGGUACCAAUCGCGAGAUAUUUUUCUCCGAAGAUUGACAGAUGCACAAGUAACGGUGUCGGAAGGUCGUAUGGGUCGGUCUAUCUGGGUCACAUUUUUUAAAGGCCACACGACGAUCCAUACACAGAUGAAUCUUGGUUGACAAGCUCUUCAUUUUGAAUAAAAAUACGUGAUGAGCCCGUUUUGAGUUCUGGUCAUGAUAGAGAUCAAUUCUAUCCGGAAUUCUCUUGCAAUAGACUAGUCAGACCGCGA